CCGUGAGUCAAUAAACUUGGUUUGUUUGAGACCGUUAUUUGUCCUUGCAUCGAAUACUACUGUCUAAAAAUUGAAUAAGAAUUAUGAGUUUUGGGAAUUUCUUAAGACGUAUAUCUUUCGACAGUGAAAAGAUUCAUACUGACUCACCAACUCCUGAAGGUAGUGAAUCACCUGGGAUGAAUUCAUUUUUUGCAUCACCAAGUCGAAUUUUCGAAAGUGUGAAUGCUAAAACAGGUCAUCUUGUAUCAGAUCUAAAUCAAAAACUAGAUAUCAGUGGCAAACUUGAUUCAAUCAAACAAGUUUCUGUUGGUAAACUGGAACAUGUUGUUCGUGGAUCCUCAGUGAUUCGUUCGGAUAGUAAAGAUGUAACUCGGAAAGAUGAUACACCAGAAAGUAUUCCCAAAACGUCCUGUUUUGAUCAAGAUGUCACUGAUUCGACCAUAAAUUUUACUUCACAGGCCCCUUUAAAUGACAAAGCUACAAUGGAUUUAGAUAAGCCGCAGACGGGGAAGUCGACAAGUUAUGCCCCGAAUUUGUUAAGUCAUGAAUCUCAAUCUGUAGAAUCCCACCAACUAUCAAGUGGUAGCACAUUGAGACGACAAAGUACGCAAAAUACUCCACGUCCACCCAGACCACCCCCUCCAAGUAGUGCAGCAUUGAGUAGAGCUAUGAGCUUAGAUGAAACAAAUCUCUCUGCACAAAUGAAGUCAUCUUCAUCUCGAGAAAAGGAAAAUCAAUCAUUAGAUGAGCAGUUAGAUGAUCAAAAAACAAAAUAUUCUGGAAAGGAUCGCGGCCAUCCAUUAAAGUCAAUCGACGAAUCACGUAAACUACAGAAGCCUAACGCAUCUGUAAUUGAGGAAGAUGAAAACAGUUCAGCAUCUGAGUAUGGAGAAAACGGUGAUCAACCAAUUUAUAGACAGGAAACAGAUUUAACACUCACAGUAAGCGGUAAAACUAGCUCUACAAUAAAAUCGUUUGGAACUCAAAGUAUAUCAUCAGAAGAUAAAACAGCACUUACUCCUCCAAGUUCAACUCUGCCAAAUACAUCUAGUAAAGAAAAGGUUCAAGAAUUUAUGGAUUUAUAUACAUCAGCUUUGAUAAUAGGCCGAUCAGAUUAUCUAAAGAGUAAGGAAAAUGAAUUACAAGAGUUGUUGAUUACACCAAUUGGGAGGAUUGCAUUUGUUAAUGCACUAGAACAAGAAUCUCGUCGUACACAGGGUUUGGUUGAUUUACAAGCAUUACCAAAACUACUGGAUCAAAUUAGUUUACUACUAGUAGAAUGUCAAAAUGCUGAAGACUUUCAACCAGCUAAGAAACUUCUCACCAUAUCUUUGAAGUUUUAUACUUACGAUCCAUCAGUUUCUACGGACCGAACUUUUAUUUUCGUUUAUAUCAAAAGUCAACCAAUAUGGCAAUCUUUGCGGUUCUGGAAUGCUUGCUUCUUCCAAUCUUUACAGGAGGCACGUUCAAAAGCAGAGGAAUCAUCAUAUGAUUCAACUAAAGUAUCUUCUUCGACAACAUACGAUCAGUUGAAAUCAUAUUUGCAUACGAUGAAUGUGUUCAAUUUGCAUGAAACGAUCAAACAAGAAUUCCUUCGUAAGCAGGCGGAUCUAUUCAAUUUGAAUGACGAUGAAAUAAGUUCAUUACUAUCGGUCAUCUCAUCAGUAGAUUAGACAUUAUUAUCGUUACUGUAAUACAUAUUUCAACUAUAUGUCAGUAAAUGGACUAUGUUAAUUUUUAUUGGAAACUUAAUGAUAAACUGGGUAACAUAAAAAUUCAACAAAUUACAUCUCAUUAAAUAGUAUCUGUUUCGUUUCAAUUUUUUUUUAAAGCAAUGCAUUCUAUAAAGAAUCAGAUAAUUCAUGUCAUUUUGCAACUAUUUCAUUCCACUUUCGUUUACCAAGUUUGAUACCACGCAUAUGACCAACUGAAAAGUCGAUUUUUGAAUUCAAAACGUUGGUAUAAUUAUUAUUAUUAUUACUAUUAUCACUAUUAUUAUUAUUAUUAUCAUUAUUAUUAUCAGUAUGUAUGAACAUGUUGAUGCCAAUCUCCUACAUUUUAUUCUUGUGAGUGUUUAUGUGCACAAACCAGGAAGAAGUAUUUGCACCCUUCUAGUCAAUAGUCGUCCGUCGUUUGUAAUCAGUUCUUUAUUUGAAAACUUCAGUCUCAGGCAUUUCAACCGGUUAUUUUCCGGAUAGUUGUGUGAUGUCACUGCAAAUUCGAUUUACCACAUUAGUGAAUAUCUCUGAAAAAGGUCGUAAUGAAGGAGCAUGGAUAUAAAUGAAUGCAAGCACAUGAUGAAAAAUAUUUUCCAUUGAUUUAUUUUACCUUACCUCGAUAUUAUAAAGCUUGUUGCAUAACAUUAUCUUAAACUAUCAUAAUAGCUAUUUAUUUUAACAAAUAUAUGUUUAAGGUAAUAGUCUCUUAA